UGGCGAUACUGUCACCGGCAGCCCCGGCUCUGUGGAAGCCUGGAGUUUCCGUAGCACCCACAGGCUGCUACUGGACAGGUACAGCGAGACCGUGGGAGCUCAGGGCUGUAAGUGGAAAGGUUCUGGGACAGUCGAGGAGCCGGAGUAAGUGGAAUACUAGGGACCCCAAGAAGGGAGGGCGAAGCGACUGGACUCCGAGCACUCGGAGUUCCUAAGGAUUCAGGGAGGAUACAUCUCUCCUGUUGCUGCCUACAGAUAUGCAACCAUAGUCCUGAAUCUCCAUUGCCCACAGAAAAAGUGAUGCUGCUUCUGUUUAGGCACAAGAUGAGCCUGAUGUGGCCGACUUGCCUGGGAGUACAGCCCCACAAGGAGACCAGCCCACCGCUCUGAUGCCGAAGGGGAGGCACAAAGUGCAACCAUGGAGUGCUGUCCUGGAGCCCUCCCUGAGCCUGCCUGCCUGCCUCUGGCUGAUAGGAACUGGCUUCUUCUUGUUGGUUCCCUUGGUCAUGGCUCUAGAACUAACAGAGACAAUCACACCUGAGGUCCAGAGUCCUAGGGGGCUGAGCUGGGCUGUGCUCCUGGACAGGCUGGAAGGUGAGGGCAAGCAAGAGAGUGAGGAGCAACAGGCAGACGCUCUGGCCCAGGCUGCAGGCCUGCUGAAUGCGGGACGCAUUGGGGAACUUCAGGGGCACUAUCUCUUCAUCCAGCCCCCUGGCCACCCUGGAGUCCAGCAAGAGGAGGCUGCCCGAAGGCAGGCUGAGGCAGUGUUGUCUGGGCACGAAGCUGUGCGCUGGCAUUCAGAGCAGCGGUUAUUGAAGCGCGCCAAACGCAGCGUGCUCUUCAAUGACCCCAAGUACCCCCAGCAAUGGCAUCUGAAUAACCGGCGAAUCCGUGGCAGAGACAUCAACGUGACAGGUGUUUGGGAGCGUAAUGUGACAGGACGAGGGGUGACAGUGGUGGUGGUGGAUGAUGGAGUGGAGCACACCAUCCAGGACAUUGCACCUAACUAUAGCCCUGAAGGCAGCUAUGACCUCAACUCUAAUGACCCUGACCCCAUGCCACACCCAGAUGUGGAGAACGGCAAUCAUCAUGGCACUCGCUGUGCUGGCGAGAUCGCUGCAGUGCCCAACAACAGCUUCUGUGCAGUGGGGGUGGCGUAUGGGAGCAGAAUUGCAGGUAUCCGAGUGCUGGAUGGACCUUUAACUGACAGCCUGGAGGCAGUGGCCUUCAACAAGCACUAUCAGAUCAAUGACAUCUACAGCUGCAGCUGGGGACCAGAUGAUGAUGGAAAGACAGUUGAUGGCCCCCACCAACUUGGAAAGGCUGCCUUGCAACAUGGAGUGAUUGCUGGUCGCCGAGGCUUCGGGAGUAUCUUUGUGGUAGCCAGUGGCAAUGGGGGCCAGCACAAUGACAACUGCAACUACGAUGGAUACGCCAACUCUAUCUAUACAGUUACCAUAGGUGCCGUAGAUGAGGAGGGACGUAUGCCGUUCUAUGCAGAGGAAUGUGCCUCUAUGCUGGCUGUCACUUUCAGUGGUGGGGACAAAUUGCUUCGAAGUAUUGUGACUACUGACUGGGACCUGCAAAAGGGCACAGGCUGCACUGAAGGGCAUACGGGGACCUCCGCAGCAGCCCCCUUGGCGGCUGGCAUGAUUGCCUUGAUGCUGCAGGUGAGGCCAUGCCUCACCUGGCGUGAUGUUCAGCACAUCAUUGUCUUCACAGCUACCCGGUACGAAGAUCGCCGUGCAGACUGGAACACCAAUGAUGCUGGCUUCAGCCACAGUCACCAGCAUGGCUUCGGUUUGCUCAAUGCUUGGAGGCUUGUCAAUGCUGCCAAGAUCUGGACAUCAGUCCCUUACUUAGCUUCAUACAUAAGUCCCAUAUUAAAAGAGAACAAGAGAAUCCCAGUGUCCCCCUACUCCCUGGAAGUCCUAUGGAAUGUCAGCAAGAGUGACCUGGAGAUGUCAGGGCUGAGGACCCUGGAGCAUGUAGCAGUGACUGUCUCCAUCACCCACCCCUGUCGAGGUAGCUUAGAGCUGAAGCUCUUUUGUCCCAGUGGCAUGAUGUCCCUAAUUGGUGCCCCACGAACCCUGGACAAAGAUCCCAGUGGCUUCAACGAUUGGACCUUCUCCACGGUUCGGUGCUGGGGGGAGCGUGCCCAGGGCACCUAUAAACUUGUCAUCAGGGAUGUAGGGGAUGAGCCCCUCCCAGCUGGGGCCCUUCAGCAGUGGCAGCUGACACUCUAUGGCUCCGUGUGGAGUCCGGCCGACAUCAGAGAGAGGCAAAGGCAGCUGGAGGAUGCCAUGAGUGGGAAGUAUCUGCACGACGGUUUCUCUCUGCCCUGCCCCCCCGGACUAGACAUCCCCGAGGACGAGGGCUACACCAUGAGCCCCAACACUCUCAAGACCCUGAUGCUGCUGGGCUGCUUUGCCGUCUUCUGGACCCUCUACUACCUACUAGAGGUUUAUCUGAGCCAGAGGGAUGUGACCUUUGACCUAGCCUGCACAGGAGGCCGCUGCUGGUGGCUCCAGAGCAGCCGAAAGGCCUUGGAGGAGGGGACAGAGCUGGAAUCGGUGCCUCUAUACCACGGCAAGGACACGGGCGAGGCUGAUACCGAGACGGAAGACUACCCUCCCUCUUCUGGCCUUCAGGCCCCUGAUCUAUUGGGUCAGAGCAACUGGGGCCUGGUCCAGGGCAGGGACAGACUCCCAGAACUCGCCCAUCAGAACCUCCAACCCGACCUGCUUCACAGGGAGCAGGAACAACAACAGGUGUGCUGACCCAAUGGCACAGCAGACUCAGGACAGAAUUUGCACAGCCCCCCGAGCCCUGAUUUCUGCUGGGGAGGGGUGGGAAACAGAAGCCCAGAGGAGCUGCCUUCACCCUUUCUGGAGGUUUCCAGGCUGAGCUAGGAGACCUACAGCCAAGUCAUACCUCCUCUGCUUCUAAGGUCCUAGAGGGCUACAAGACCCUGUCUGCCCUCUUCCCUCACUCCACCUAGCUCAGGUAGGGCACAGGUCCCUUACUCUGAGGCCCAGGGGGCCUCCAAGGUGCACAGCCCAGAAAAGGGGUGCCCCAAGCUCAGGUGGGAAUGGAGGACACACAGCAUUACAGCUUGGAAGAUCAGUUUGUAGCCAGAAAAUAAGCAGGCACUCUGUGCUGUGGGUGUGGAAAGGGAGAAUCCUAACUGUACCAGCUUGGGCACAAAAGAGACCUGCCACCACUGAAGCAGAAUUUCAAAAGAAACAAGUGGAGGGCACCUGAGUACUUGUUUUGGAGAGAGAGGUAGGGUGGAGAAGGUGCAGAAAUGCAUGCUGGGGAUAUCAAGGACUUUCCCUUAGGUGAUGUCCCUCCCCCAUACAUUUUUAAAAGAGCCAGAAGCAGGGGAAGACUCGUACCCCUCCCCCCAAUUGCUAUUCAAACUGCCACGCCUCCAUCUUUCCUCCUGAAAUUUGUACUUUAGGCCUCCUCAGGGGAGGCUUAACCUUGGUCCAGGUCAUUAUGGCCCAGGGAACUGGCCCUGCCUUGAAUGAGCUGCCUUUAUUCUCAUCCCCCAGGAUCCCAAAGAGCAGCCACUUGCCACUUGGUCUACGCAAUCCUCCUUGAGAAGUAGUCCUGGGCCCCAGUUGGGGCCUGAAAGGGAGGUUUCAUAGAGGCCAUGCCAGGGAGGCAAGUAGGCAGGUGCACAGGAACGUUGUGGGAGAACAACCCAGACUAUGGAGAGAGGCCUUGUCCUCUGGGAAGUGCCCAGGGAAGCAGAGGCUGGGCCCCUAGGAGAUAAUGGCAUACCUCUCAGGGUUUCUGUUCCUCCCCAACCUGGGCUGCCUCCCCCAUUCAGAGCUGGUUUGUUGGUUUGAAGUAUUUUUUUAAGGGCUUAAAUUUAUUUUUCUCUUUUCACAGCAAAAUUUUUUUGAUUUUUUUUUUUCUGCACAGCUUUUCCAAAAUAAAAACCUACCUAGCCAA